UAUUAUUAUUUUUUAUAGUCGUACGUCAGCCGCUGCCGCCGUGAUUUGUUUUUUACAAAUACCCCCUUUUAGAUAUUUUUUCGGAUUAUGAUACAAUAAUACUUAAAUUAUCAUUUUUUUACAUUUUAAACGUCAUGUUUGUUUAUUUGUUCUCUGUAUAUUUUCUUACUGGUACCGAUUGAAUCUUCAGCCGAGUUGUACAGAUAAUGGAUGUGGGUAUUUGAUCAAUUAUUAUUUCUAUUGCCUAGCUUUGGCUUGGUUAUGAUGUUUGUUUAUUGUGCUUGGACUCUUGCUGAGCAAUUGAAAAAUUUUCAAGUACGGAGUUCUAUUCUAAACGUCUGUUUUUAAAACAAUGACAGAUCAAGAAUUACAAUGACUGACUCUAUUGUGGAUAAUACAUCAGACUGUCUAGAAAAAGAUAAAUUAUCAUGUUCAACAAGUUCACCAGCUCCUGUUGAUCAUGACGUACUGGCCGAUACAUCUAAUUUGGAUGAUAAGUCUGAAUCAUUGAGUAAAGAGUCUCCUAUUAAGGAAAAAUCUCCUAUUAAGGAAAAAUCUCCUAUUAAGGAAGAAUCUAUUGAAGAUGUAAAACAUGAAUCUCCUACUUCUGAGAAUGAAAAAAAAAACAAUUUUGAGAUUGGUGAUAUUGUUUGGGCUAAAAUUGGAAAAUAUCCAUUUUGGCCUAGCAUAGUCUGUAUUGAUCCAGAUACCAAUACUUACUUAAAAGGAUCACUUGAAAAUAAAAAAACAUUUUCAUUACAUGUACGAUUUUGUAAUGAUAAUGGCAGACGAAGUUGGGCCAAAGUUGUAGAAAUGUAUGAUGGAAAAGAUAAGUUGCUUGAAAAACAUCCUAAUGGUUUAGCAUUGAUAAAGAAUAGUUUGAAGCAAAUGACAGUGUGGGAUGCAGCAGUAAAAGAAGCUGAUAAUUGGUUGAAAGUAAAAAGAAAUGAAAGAAUGGUCAGAUUUUCCAACAGAAAUGGUUUGAGUCUUUCUGAAAUGAAUGGUUUGGGUGCUUCCAAACCAAAGAGUCCUCAUCCGGGCUCUUCCAAAACAAGGAAUAGGAGUUCAAAAUUCAAAACUGCUUCUAAUCAACCUCAUGAUGGCUCUUACAUUCCUACAGUCGAAGAAUUUUUAGCUAGCAGGAGAGCUAUUGAUCUUGCUGCUCAAGCAGCAAAAUGUGAACCAAGUACAAGUGGUUCUCAUGUUAUGAAAAGUAGAGCUAGUUCUAGUAGUUCUUCUAUGCCUCAAUGCUAUGUCAAGUUAAAAGAUAUAGCGAAUACAAAACCUAUGGCUACACUUUUGGAAAAACCUAUGGAAAAACCUAUAGAGCUGCCAAAAAAAGCUGUAAAAAGGAAAUUUGUUGUUGAUCCAGAAAAGAAAAAGUUACGGGAAGCUUUAAAGAAAAAAAAAGCCAAAAGAGCAUUGCAAGUUAAAAAAUAUGGUUUCUCUUAUUCUUCAUCAGAAUAUGAAAGUACUGACGAUGAAGCCCCACCCUUGGUACCUUUCAAUCCGAAUCGGAAGGUGUUGCAAACAUUAAAAAAUGCAAUAGCGAAUUUAGAAUCUGAAGGAAUACAAAGACUUAAAGAAAAAAGAAUUUUAAUUAAGGCUAUAAGACUUGCUGAAAGAACUUCUAACUUCAACAAAAAGAAAGUGGAAGAGGAAGAGUCUGAUGAAUAUUAACAGUAUAAUAUAUUUUUGUAAAGAUGUAUCUUAUUUAGUAAGUAAAAUAUUAAUAUAAUGUAACUGUAUAUAAAGUUAUACUGCAAUUCACUGCAUUGAAGAAAAACAUUUUUAUUUUUAAUACUUUAAAGACUCUGUUUCAUAUUAAUGUCGUGAUAUAGUUAUUUAUUAUGUAUAAUUUAAGGUGCUAAUGGCAUAUAACCAUACUUUAACUUAACUACAUUUAUUUAAGAAGGAAACAAAAUAUAUAAUAUCAGAAGUCUUUUUUUUACACUUGUUAUCAUUUUAAAUUAAAUUUUCUUUUUUUACAGUAAGAAUUAAAUUUUGUAGUACUUGACAUUCAUGUACAUUUUUGUAAAUAAGUUUAAAAUGAUUAUAAUAAAGGAAUAUAUCUCA